AUGGUGACUUCCAGUUCAGCUGAGAUUGCUUUCAGGUAUGGUAAAGUAUUUAAAUCUCACCUAUUUGGAAGACCAGUCAUAAUCUCCACAGAUCUGGAAGUAAAUAAGGCAGUGUUGCAAAAUGAUAGCAGUACCUUCAUCCCUUUCUACCCCAAGUCUGUCCUCGAGCUAAUGGGAGAGUAUUCCAUACUGCUAAAUAAUGGAGAUCAACACAAGAGAUUGCAUGGUCUUGUUGGUGGCUUCUUGAAAUCACCUUUUCUGAAGGAUGAAAUAACAAAAGAUAUUCAGCAGUCUGUAGAGUUUUGUAUCAAGAGUUGGAAGGGCAGCAAACAAAUAUAUAUCCAAGAUGAAACAAGACGGAUAACAUUUCCAGUAUUGGUUAAAGCUUUAUUGAGUAUCGAGUCAGGCAAAGAGAUGCAGUUUUUGAAAAGAGAGUUUUCACAGUUUAUCAAGGGCAUAAUUUGUGUGCCCAUCAAUCUCCCUGGAACAAGGCUACACAAGUCCUUACAGGCCAAGGACAGAAUGCUGACGCUAGUAAAGAGGAUCAUAGAAGAUAAGAUUAAGAAUGGUAUAUGCAGCACACCGAGGGAUGUAGCUGAUGUUCUAUUGAAAGAAAUGACAGAGGCAUCAGGAAAGGAGAAGCCAACUGUUGACUCUAUAUGCAAUAAUAUAGUGGAGAUGAUGAUACCUGGAGAGGAUACAGUCCCUACAUUGAUGACUCUUGCAAUUAAAUUUCUCAGUGAUUGCCCAUCUGCAUUGAGGCAGUUAGUGGAAGAGAACAUGCAGCUGAAAAAGGAUAAAGAGUUCAUGGACAAACCUUAUACUUGGAGUGACUAUUUAUCAUUGUCCUUCACAAACAAUGUGAUUAAUGAAACUCUUAGGAUGGGAAACAUUAUUAACGGAACAUGGAGAAAAUCUCUCAAGGAUGUGCAAAUCAAAGGAUAUUUAAUUCCUAAAGGGUGGUGCAUCAUGACAUCCUUCACUUCCAUUCAUAUGGAGGAAGAGAAUUAUGAAAACCCAUAUGAUUUUGAUCCCUGGAGGUGGCAGAGGAAAGAGAACAAUCUACAGAGUGCAUUCACUCCUUUUGGGGGGGGUCAAAGGCUGUGUCCAGGAAUGGAACUCUCUAGACUGGAAGUUGCCAUUUUUCUCCAUCACUUUGUCACCAAUUUCAGUUGGGUGGCAGAGAAAGACACCAUAAUCACCUUUCCAACAGUGAAGAUGAAGAAAAGACUGCCUGUCACCUUGUUAUCUAUCACCUAAAUUUUACUUUAUCUCUUCUUGCACCCUUCGUUGUUUUUCAUAUGGGAUCAAAUAAACUGUAAUAUUUUUGGAAAUUAACAGUGAAGCGGUGUAUUGCCAGUCAUCUAUAGGACCUUAAAUUCAAGUGCAUGCUUUGUGCUCAAUUAUAGAUGCCAUAAAACUGUGGAAACAAUAGAACCUUUCUAUUAAACAAAAAAGCAAGAGAAAACAUUUGAGGCGGUCUGGAAAUUGUGUAAUGGAGACUAGUGGAUCAAGUAAAUGCAGUGAUAGAUUCAUUGUUGAAGAUGCUAAUAGGAUGAAGAGUAGAACAAAAAAACUAUGAUGAAAGAGGAGAAAAAUGAUAGUUUGUCACUCAUUUGAUUUGACAGCUAAUUAAGGCAAAUGAAGGGGGAAAAUAUUUAUAUAACCAGUUAACUAAUGGGACGAAAUGCUUUGCUGUUGCUGUUGAUACAGAAGUGUGUUGGCAAAUCAAUUAGAAAGGAAACAUGUAAAUUUCGACUAAUGCACCAAAAACUUAUAUUCUAGUCAAUAAUAAAACGAGACACAUAUAUGAGUGUACGAACACAUGAAUACUCCUGCAACACUAAAAAAUCUCCUGUUUAUGCACUACAAACUUCAAAUAGAGCAACACUAACCUAUCCAGUUUGUGGCUUCAAAGCUGAAACUAGAAUUCCUGCGACAUGCUACGAAUCUUUUGUUUCCAAAAUGUCAAAAAAAUUCAUAAGCGAUUGAUAUUUUAAGUUCUCCAUUUUGUGACUUCAAAGGUAAGGAGUCUGCACUAAGUUGAGCCACAAAAGUCACAAAAGAAACUCAAUUUAUAAAUGGAUGUCCACAAAAGCCUAAUAUUUUUUUAAGAUAAUCCUUGCAUGUAAAAUAUAUAUAUAUAAAGGAAAGGCGUAACUGGACAACUAAUCGAGCAUGUUUAAAGCUAAACGGAAAAAUUU